AUGAACUUAGUAAAAGUAAUGAUUGAUGGGGUAAGCAAAACAAUGGAUGGUUUAAGGCAAGCUGUUGGUAGUUUCUUUGGUAUUAAUACUAGUGGUUUUGAUGUUGCCAAACACGAAAUAGCUAAAGAUAUUAUAACCGGCAGAGAACGAGGCAAAACCUUUAUGCAGAGAGAGAAAAACCAAAAAAUACAAGAGCAACACACGGCUCGGAUGUUUACUUCUACUUUGCAGCAUACCGGAGAUAGUCCAAUUGAACCCAGUAUGUUUUAUGCUAAUACAGUUAAAUUUCCCUAUAACUUGUUUGAUUAUUGGCUAAGAAAUGACGAAGAACCUUUUACAUGUAGAUUUUAUUAUAGCAAUAAUUUGCUCAAUAAUUUAAUUCAUAAUAACAACGAAAAUUCAAUCACUUAUCCUCUAAAUAUCACUUUUGAAAAGUUAGGAAACAUUUUAAGACCUG